AUGCCUCAGGAUGAGCCGGCAGACACAGCAGGCCCGUCGUCUCCCCCACCUCGACUCCCCGAGGGAUGGCUUCCUCAGUGGGAGGGCGUCCAGCGCAAGUGGUAUUAUGUGCAGCGAGCCACAGGCAAAUCACAAUGGGAGAUCCCGACAGAACCAGUCAUCCUGACGCCUUCGACGACGCCAACAUCUAUUGGCACUGGGCCUUCGCAAGCUCCGCCGUCGCGACCGUCCACCAACAGUCCGCAAGUCUCCCUUGUACGAAAAACAUUGGCAGAGAAAAUCGAAGCCGCGGUGGAAAAGUCAAGAGCAUCUAGCUCCCUCGAUGCGCAGCUCAAUGAGCAUUCGGGGAACCCCAUAUCGGGGCCAUCAGGAGCUACCAACUGGUACCCAGGGAAUACUGGACACAACAUAGGACCUGGCUUCCCCCCCAGAGAUGGGUCUGGGAGAGGGGGCUAUGUGCCGAGCCUCCAUCCGGAAAGCUCCCUGGGAAACCACUUGGCGGACUCAGCGGCCUACUACCCGAGCCACCAUCAGACACAUAAUGCAAAUCAUCUCGCAUCGCCCUGGUCCCAUGUGCCAAAUCCCCACGCUCAGCCAGCAGGUGGUUAUAUGCAGCAGAAUGAACAACACCAAGGCCCGUUUCGAGGAAAUCCUGCGGACCCUCUACAAUCACGCUAUAUCUCUGAAUUCCCUCCGUCACACUUGACAAGCGGACAUUCUCAAAUCCUGGGCAUCGGAGCACAAGUCCCACAACCUCAGUGGCAAUUGGAACAGAAGAACUAUCCUGGUACGUCCCAGCCGAGAAACGCCACUGCCGGGAUAGGCUCUUCCAAUCCAUCGCAAGACUACUACAAUCCAUAUUCCACGCCACAAGCAUCAUCGGACCAUGCUCUUCGGCCAUCUCAAGCGUCAAAUGCUGCCUUUCACGCGGCUGAAUUUGGUAUCAAACAAGGCCUUUCUCAAGCACCUAGGGAAUCAUAUUCAACUUCACAACUUGCCAAUUCCACCAAUCAGCAUCAUCCGUCUGGAAUCCCCAUGUCUCGAUCCCAUUCAUACCAGAGCAGCAACGGGUUUCCUCGGGAAGGUGCCUCUGCGUAUGGGGCAAUCGGAGACCGUCCAUACAAUGGAUAUCCGACGCAAACCGUGACUCCACAGACUCAGUAUCCGGCAAUGCAUAUGGCCCGAACAGAAUCGGGGACAGGGUUCAGCUCAAUGGUAUUUCCCCGCACCUCUGACUCACAUGGCGCCCAUUAUUACCAGGACCCCAUCAUCCAAACCGGUAUUCAUCAAUAUGCACCUCCUAAGCCACAGCAGGGGCAUGUGACCCAUGCAAAUGAUUUUUCAGGAGUUGUGUAUCCAUCGACAGAGGAUCACAUGGAGCAGCAGCACGAGCCGCCUGGCACAGGUCCGAGUCGUCCUCGGACGGCGUCGUCGCAUCCGCAGUUUGUCAGUGGACCAUGGGCAUCGUCCACGCCACCACAGCCUGCCCAGCAACCGCAGGCUCGGUAUGAUUGA